CAACAACACCGUAGUCAAUGACAACAGUCCAGCUAGCAUUUUGCUAAGGAGAAAACUAUUCUCUCUGUACGAUAGCUAGUUUACUGUAUUACCGCGUUAUUUUACACGAGUUAAACACGAUGUAUUAGAUAUAGCAGAAGUUCGUAGAUUUUGUUAUUUAAGUUUGCAUUUGGUUGAAGGAAGCCAGCUUUAUCAACAAGAGCGUUUAGCUAGCUAACGUUAACCGUUUUCUGUAAUUUACCAUGGACCAAUAUAGUAUUUUGGGUAGAAUAGGAGAAGGAGCUCAUGGUAUUGUUUUCAAAGCAAAACAUAUCGAGACCGGAGAGACUGUGGCUCUGAAGAAAGUAGCUCUGAGAAGGUUGGAGGAUGGGAUCCCGAACCAAGCCCUCAGAGAGAUCAAAGCUUUACAGGAGAUUGAAGACAACCAAUACGUGGUGAAGCUAAAGGACGUGUUUCCCCAUGGUACAGGGUUCGUCUUGGUGUUUGAGUACAUGCUCUCUGACCUCUCUGAGGUCAUCAGGAACUCUCAGAGGCCUCUCACUGAGUCACAUGUCAAGGGUUACAUGAUGAUGCUACUCAAAGGGGUUGCCUUCUGCCACGAGAACUCCAUCAUGCACAGAGAUCUGAAACCGGCCAACCUGCUCAUCAGCUCUACAGGUCAUCUGAAGAUAGCAGACUUUGGCCUGGCCAGACUUUUCAACAACGAUGGAGAGCAUCUCUACAGCCAUCAGGUGGCCACCAGGUGGUAUCGAGCACCAGAACUGCUUUAUGGGGCAAGAAAAUACGACGAAGGUGUAGAUCUCUGGGCAGUGGGAUGUAUAUUUGGGGAACUUCUGAAUAACUCCCCUCUGUUCCCUGGAGAGAAUGACAUAGAACAGCUGUGCUGUGUUCUCCGAGUCCUGGGGACACCCAACCAGCACAUUUGGCCGGAGAUCACAGAGCUGCCUGACUACAAUAAGAUCACUUUUAAGGAGAACCCUGCUAUCCCUCUUGAGGAGAUAGUACCUGAUACCUCACCUCAGGCUGUGGACCUGCUCAACAAGUUCCUGGUCUACCCCUCUAAACAGAGGAUCAGCGCCAGACAGGCCCUGCUCCAUCCCUAUUUGUUCUCUGAGCCGCUGCCGGCCCACCACUCGGAGCUGCCUAUCCCCCAGCACGGAGGGAAACAUUCCCGUCAGCGACUCCAGCCUCCUGUAGAAUUCUCUGUAGAUCUACCCCUCUCAGAGAGCCUGGUGGACCCUGCUUUGGUCCAGGGACAUGCCUGGUGUCUAUGAUUGACUGGCCCCCAAUGCUUUUCAUAGCCUGGUUGAGAGUAGCACUUAAGCUGGUUUAAUCAGGUUUUAUGUUUGACUGUCAGAGCCUGGUGGACCCUGCACUGGUACAAUGUGUGUAUGACUGUUCUUCAUGUUAAUCCCAGGCUGCUUAAACCAGGGGUGUAUUCACUAGAAAACCAAACGGAACCAAACGGAACCAAACGGGACCAAACGGAAUUUGUCCAAUAGAAAACCCUUGUUCUCGUUGCAAAUCGUUUUCCAUUGCAAAACUGUUUUGCAACGGUGUGUGACUAAUGAAUACAUCCCAGAAUGUAGCCUGGUGGAUCCUGCUCUGGUCCAAGGACACGCCUGGUGUUUAUGGCCGACUGUUCUUCCUUGUUUUUGUCAUCCAUCCUAGCCUGAGUUCCUGAUCUGUUUGUGCUGUCUUGCCAUCUCCAUUUGCUGUCAUUGUUAUGGAAGUUGGGAGUUGGCAAGACAGCACAAACAGAUCAGGAACUCAGGCUAUGUUAAUUGCACCAUAGAAUAUUGAUAUUGGUAUGUAGAUAAUGCAUGCUGUGAUGUGAAAGCCAUGUCAUUUUCUUAAUUCGUGUGUUUGUUGUUCUGCAGGUUUCAGGUGUGUGUGUGUGUGUGUGUGAGACAGUAUGGACAGCCUUGCUGACUCAUGGUGCUCAUUGUUGUAGCGUUGACUGUCAUUAAAUGUGAGGACUACACAUUAUCAAAUCAA